AUGUAUGAUGAUUUAAAUGAUGAUGAUCAAAAAGAGAAAGUAAAAGCUAGACAAGUUAAAGAUAUAUAUGAAAAAUUUUCUGAAAUCUUUAAGAAAGUACUUAAAAAAUCUAUUGAUAAUGAAGAUUUUAGUCUUUAUAAUACUAUUAACCAGUAG